AUGCACAGCAUGGGUCUACAAAUCAUAUCCUUAAUAGUUUGUAUAGCUGCAUCGUAUCCAGAUGGUGGCCUGGCUGCUGUUUUUAAUGUUACCGGAUUUGGUGCCAUUGGAGAUGGAAUACAUGAUGACACUGAGGCUUUUUCACAAGCUUGGGAAGCUGCUUGUUCAAAUGGUGAAGGUUCAAGUACCGUCAUAGUUCCAGCAGGAAGGACAUUCCUACUGAGCCCAGUGAAUUUUGAAGGCCCCUGCUACUGUUCCAAUGUACAUUUUCAGGUUUUGGGAAAAAUUGUGGCGCCCAAUGAAACUGAUGCGUGGAAAGGCUGCGUAUCAGAUAGUUGGCUUCACUUUUCAGACAUACCUGGUCUGGUCCUGGAAGGUUCAGGGGUGAUUGAUGGGCGGGGUUCACCCUGGUGGAAAAAUGUUAGCCUUGGCAUCCUCAAGAAUGCUCUACACAUCCACAAAUGUGACGGCCUUCAGUUGAGGGGACUUCAUCAUGUCAACAGUCCCAAAAGCCAUAUAAGCAUCAAUAAGUGUAAUGGCGUAUCAAUAUCUGGACUCAACAUUCUUGCACCUGAAAACAGUCCAAAUACUGAUGGAAUUGAUGUGUCUGAAUCCACUCAUGUUUUUAUUUCCGACUCCAUUAUUCAAACUGGGGAUGACUGUGUUGCGAUAAAUGGUGGCAGUUCUGACAUACAAAUGACGAACGUUUCAUGCGGACCUGGACACGGAAUAAGUGUUGGAAGCUUGGGGGCAAAUGGGUCAUAUGCAACGGUGGAGCAAGUAAAUGUAACAAAAUGCAACUUCCAGGGAACACAGAAUGGUAUAAGAAUCAAGACAUGGCCGGGGGGUUCUGGAUACGCCAGAAAUAUAAGCUUUGAGGAUAUCACACUUCAAGACGUGGAGAACCCUAUAAUAAUCGACCAGUUUUAUUGCAAGGGUGAAUUUAAAUGUGAAGAUAAGCCUUCACCAUCAGCUGUGCAAGUGAGCCACGUAACCUACCAGGGAGUGAACGGAUCUUCUUCGGGCGAGAGAGCAAUUCAAUUGUUCUGCAGUGAGAGCAAAGGAUGCACUGACAUCAAAAUGCAACAAAUAAACAUAACCUCUGCUAUUCCUGGAGCAAAGACAUAUGCCAUCUGUAAAAAUGCCUAUGGGGAGUCCUCCUCAACUUCACCUCCUGUUCCCUGCCUAACGCUGCAUCACGACGAUGUCUUGGGGAGAGAAGCCAGUGCGGUUUGGGUCUGA